UACUUGACAAGUUGACAUUGAUAAACCCACAAACCAUUGUCUUUGCAAAAAACUUACUGGAUAAAAUACUGUUGUUUUUAGAUUAUUACAGAAUUAUUAUAAAUUUAUCGUGUGAGUAUAGAAUACUGUGGGGACAUUAGCACAACUAAACCUAUGUAAAUAUAAAAGCUAUUAUAAAAAAAAAAAACUUAAAAGAAAAAAUCUUUUACCCAUGAGUUAUUAUUACUAGCGUACCCAAAUUAUGGCUUUACCAGAAGCACAACCAGCUGAAGUUCUUCGUGCUUGGCAAAAAGACGAUCUAUAUGAAAAGCAACUUGCCGGUUCGUUAGCUCGACUUCUUCCAUCACAUCAGGUAUCUAAUGCAGUUCCUGUUUCGUCACUAUUGUACAAGUCGUUUACAACCCUCAAAGAUUUACAAACUCUAGGGGAAGAAUAUUCUGGAAUAGUACAAGUUGAUGACACUUACCAUAAACUGCCAUCGUUUAGCAGUCGACUUAUGAGCAUUCUGCUUUCCGCAUUUGGUGAAAAUUUAACCAGGAGUUUGCUUAGUCGCAUGGAAAAACAAGUCGAACGUAACGCGACAUUGAAACCCGAAGCACAAAAUGCUAUAUUAGUAGUUUUAAAAGCGUUAAAUAAUAUAGUUCCUCAAGUCGAAAGCAUACAUCGUGCAUUAUCUUACAUUACCAGAGGGCCAUUACAAAUAGGUAAAACAGUGACUGGAAUUAAUUAUGUACAUGUCAGACCAGCGGCAGCAGCGUAUUACGCUCAUUUGAGGCUUUUAGGAGUUGUAACAUUGUUACAUGCAUUUAUAUCUUGUGGACAGAGCUUUUAUCAAGCCAAGAAACAUAUGGAUGACAUGAAGGAUUUUCCAAAUGAAGUAGAUAACAGUAAGUCAUGUAUAGCAUGUCUAGAAGAAAUUGUUCAGCCGUGUGUUUUGGUAUGUGGGCAUAUGUUUUGUAUGAACUGCUGUUAUGGAGCUCUUGAGAGCUGUCCACUGUGUCGGACUCCGUUUACUAAGAACACGGUUGUUCCUUUAAUGAACUAUAGUCCAGGGACUAUGUGAAAGUGAAAUAAAUGCAAUACCUUUGCAUUGUGGGGUAGCAAAAAUAUAUAUUUCUACAUUACGGUUUUAAUGCUAAAUUUUAAUAUAGUAUCUACCGAUCUUUAUAAUAUCAAAGAUAAAUACCCAAAUGAAUGUGCAGUCAUGAAAAUUUUGACUAUAAUGUUUCCAUUAAAUUUUUGACUGAUGAGUACACCAAUCUCCUGUUGUGAAUUUGUUUGUAAAUUUUUAUUUAUUAUUAAAAUGUUUUAUUAUUUCAAUAUAAAGUAAAUAUUUUUGCUCAGCUUUGGGUUGUGGUUAGUAAAUCUUGGGAUACUAAAUCCUUAUAUUGAACUUGUGGUUAAACUUAUGUAAACAUCUAUAAGUAAUAUAAAUCAUUUUAUUUACAUAAAUUAAAUUAAGAUGGUAAAUUAUCAACAAUGUAUCUUUUAAACACGAUUCCUGUUAAUUGUUAAACAAAAUUAAAAAAUAUUUAUAUAAUUGUU